AGCUCGAAGAAGAAAAAAAUCAACGAGACCACGAUAAUUUGUAUUUCAGUGUAUCAACAGCCGAAUCCAACACAUUCGAGCUCGACUUAUGUUGUGACAUGUUUGUGGCAGGAACAGGGCAAGUAUGAAAAAUGAAACCUGCACUACGACAUGAUACGAGACUAUGCGGCGUUUUACUUUCCACCAUCAGUUCCCAGCAGCGUUCAAGCCUGCAUACCAACGCCGAUCGCAAGCUUACGUGGUCGCUGCGAAUAACACCUCGACUGACCCGCAACAAGAUAUAUACUCGUACCUCCUUUCUUGGAAUAUACACAAUAGGUUGGAUGUAUGUUGUAAGCUUUUCUAAGGCUACGAGUAUUGACAUGGGAGCCACAGUGGAGUCAUGAAUCUCUUUGGCUAUGGGUAAUGUUGUUCUAUGUUCAUGAAUGUAUGUUCCGCCGCGU